AUGCAGUGGUGCCCACAGACUGCACCUGAGACAGCCCUUCUCAUUCUGGGCGACUCUCACUACAGAGGAUGUAACCAACACGGGACAGGCUUGACUCUGGGUCUUUCCACAUUCCCCGGACAGCAGCACUACACUCACACUGCCCAUCUGUUACCAUCCCAGCUCUUGCUAAAUGAGCAGCCCACCUUCUCCUCUAAUCACACACUUCCUGGAGGACUGCGGGAAAAGAUGUUCAGCCCAGAAAACAACCUGAGUGAAGCGGAAAGAACACGGGCCCGGGCAGCAGGGAGCCAAGGUGGUUGCUUGUUGUCCUCCUUCUCAAAGAGGAACACCACGGCAUCACCAUGGUGGAGCCAAGGCACAGUGUAUCUACCUGAGGCUCAUCAGACCAACUGGAGCUCAGAAGGCUCUGCCACAGGUGGGGCACAAAGAGUCCACAUGAACAUCCGGAGUGGAGAUGUUGCUAAAUACGUAGGCGGCUCCCCUCCCCCCGCCCCCAAGGGCACGGGCCGCAGGGCAGGCCUCGCACGCGCCGCGCGCUCCCGAGCACCUGACAAGCAGGAGCUCUGGAUUUCCUCCGGGCCAGGCCCCCUCCCCCUGGCGCGCCAGAGGAACCCGCCCGGCCCGGCCCGACCUGAAAGAGAACAGGGAGGAGGGGGCUGGGGGGGGAAGUGGCGGCGGCGGACACGUGACCAAGCUCGCGCCUCCGCCUCCUCCCGCCCCCGGCUCCGCCCCCGGCAGCUCACAUGCCCCGCCUACCACGCUUCACCACCAUCCUGGGCGGGCACGGAAAGACUGCGUGCGCACACCCUCGCGGAAGGCCCGGGCUCCUCGGCCGAGGUGGGGGCGGAGUCACAAUGCGGAGAAGGCGGAGAGACCCUUGUGUCCGCUCCGCCCCGGCCCCGCCUGCCUCCUCCAUUGACGCAUGCGCACCGCCAGUACCGGCUCAUUUCCCGCGCAGCGCUUCCGGGACCUGCGAGGGCGUGGGUUCCAGUCCCAAAUACAGAAAUUCUAAGGUUUCCUACUUCCCCAGUUGUUCCAUGUUGGGGUCAGAGUGGUCUGUUGAGCCCUACUUCUAAAAUUAUUAGAACCGUCUACAGCUCCAAUGCUCGUCCCAGAGACUGCAAGCCUGGCGCCCGGCUCGGGGCGUUUUCCCUGGCUGUGCCCCCUGCCAGGUACUCUCUCCUCCCCAAUCAUAACCCUGCUUCCCUGGCCAGCUGAAAUCCUACGUUCUUCAA